GUAGACUCGCUCACGACCGCCCGACAAGGUCAUAACAUGAAGACGUUUGACUCGCCGUUCAAGGUCGACCCGACAGUCGACGGCAAGCGGGAGGACCCGGUGUGGCAUUUCGUGGCCAGAGGGCAUUAUUUGGAUGGGUCGACGACGGCGGGCAGGAAGAGCGGUCGUCGAUGCCUGUGCAGGUUUUGCGGGCGUUCGAUUUGUGGGGGCACUAAAGCCGCCAAGGAGCACUUCUCGAAGAGCGAGAAGUUCCGAUGUGAGGCAGCCACUCCUGCUGUGUGGAAUGCGAUCUGGUCGAAGGACAUGACAAAAUGUCCAAAGGAGUUCGCGUCGGCCAUAGAAACGUUGCAGAGUCACUUGCCAGGUCAUCCGAGCUUGCAGUGGCCACCUCUUCGAUUCCCCGAGGACGCGGUGCCGCCGCUGGUUCCUCCCACCGCCCCUUCUGGAGCCGUCGCAUCGCCCAAUUCUGGGGCUCCGGCCAUUCGAGUCACGGUACCGCGUCCUGCAACAACAGUUGCAACACGACCGGCAGCCCCGCCGUCUGCGCCGCUGGCUGGGAUACGAGGUGUGGGAGUUGGUCGUUCCACGCCAGCCAACGAGCCCCCGUCUCUGAGGGAUGGUGUGGGCUCUGCGGCAUUUGACGAGGAGAGCACACAUGCAUUUAUUGAGAGUCGCAGGUGGGGGGGGAGUGCCGGCAGUUCAGCGCCCGCACUCGCCCCUGUUUUCAAGAGUGCUAGGCAGUCAGAUGCCGCACGGGGUGGUACUGCGGUGGCACCUAGCGCAUCACCCCUAAGUUCGUCGGAGCACCCCUGGCUGCCACCGCCACUGUCGAGAGCGGCGCAGCGUCCAAUGGUCCACCACGCUAACGGAACCGCCCACCCGGAUCCGUCACACGCACCUGCAGAUGCUCGACAUUCUGCUUCCGUGCCUCGUUUCGGGGAACAGGUGGAUCAUGGGGUGCCUGCCGAGGAGGUCCCCGCUCCGGUGUCCGAUUCAUCGCCGACCCCUGUUCCGACAACCACGGGCGGUGGUCGGUCUGCCCCACAGCCUCCACCCGUGUUGACCGGAACGUUAGACCCUUUGCAGCGCAUUCGUGACCUUGCAGUCGCCCAGAGCGCGACACCUGUGAGCCCUGGCGGGUUGUUGGAUGCUGGGGUCCUCGGCGGGAGAGCUACGAUGGGACGAUGUCGGGGCACUUACAGGCAGCAAGYYGUCACRUCAUAUUAUKYGGACCCUUUGGAGCGYGCAUGRCAUCUGCAAAUCAUGCGGUUCAUYGUCGAGAGYGGGAUGCCGUUCAACAGCACGAAGCUUGAAAGCUUCAAACGCAUGUUCACGAUGAUAAUCCCACGUCGUGUCCACAUUGCGAUCGACACGGGGGCACGUGACAUGCGGCAGGACCCGGUUGCCGUGUCAGAGGACGAGAUGGGAGAUCCUUCCAACGAGACGCAGCGUGACCCGGUUCAUGCAGAGGAGCUAGCCUCGAACACUGAUGUGAUAGUGACGGAGGAGGAUAUAGGAGGGUUCGACGAGUUCGGCGGCGACACGAUACUGCAUCCUCCAGAGUCCGGCACUCCUGCCAUUUUUGAUGUCGGUGCACCGUGGGCGGUGGAGCAGGGGUUGGCGGAGGAGGUGGCACGGAACCGUCGUGGUGGACCGCACGUCGCAGCUCAACGUAGUCUGGAAGGUUCACUAGGGGCAGCGUCUGGAGAUUUUUUGGCGCAGGGGGGUCAUGGUUCGCAGCUGUUAUCGGACGGCGUGUCAUCAGUCCAUCCACCAGAGGAGGGCCCGCAGCAAGAGCCACAUCGAGGGCCAGCAGAGACUAUAGAGGCAAGGCCUCCCGGAGUUAUCCGCUCGGACAGAGGCGAGGGCGUGAGCGAGGAUACAGCGCAGCCAGGGAGCGCAGAUGGUGGACGGUCCUUCAGGGGGGGCAUCGAGCGCAGAGGGUUAUCGACCGCACACCCCAGCAUUGUCAG